AUGAAUAUUUCAAAAAGAAUAAUAAAUUAUUUUUGUGUUGUAGGAACAGGAAAUAAAUUAAUACCUCAGAAUACAGAAUUCUAAAAAUGUACAAAAUAUCAUUCUCAUACAUAGAACAUACUUUGACAUCUUUGGAAAUAUAGAUAAGUCAAUUGAGUGAGGAUAUUCCAAUAAAAGAUAACGAAAAAUGGGUUGAUCUUUGUGGUAAUAAACAAGUGUGGUUGAGAUGCAUAUAUGAUCAGAAUUCUUAACCAAUUACAUCUCUAACAAUAAAAGAAUUAAAAGUUGAAGAUAAUGAAUUAGUAUUUGAGUUUUAUAAUAAUACAGAAAAUACCAUUAACAGAAGACAUCUAUCCUGUGCCAAUCAAACGUAAAUUCGAUUAGAUCACACAUCAAUUUAAGGGAAUCAAUAAUGGGUAUUCCUUAUAUUAAGGAUAUUAUGACAUCUCUUAAUACACAGAUCAAUAAUAAAAAAAAAAUUAUCAUUUAGUUCUAUGUUAUAAAACAUAAAACUAAAACAAUUAUUAGUAACCUAUUUGUGACAUCCAAAUGAUAUUGGCAGAUAAAAUAGAUAAGAAGAAAUACACAUCUUCAUUCAGUGACAUGAGACUAGUAAUUCCAAAAGAUUUUCAUGCACUUCAAUUUCCAUUAAGCAAUUUUCGUUUUAUCAUAUUCAAAUAAAGUAAACCUACUAAACUAUAAAAUUUAUUUAAGAAUAGUCCCCAUUUAAAGUAGCAUACAUGCCAAAAAUAAUUGAUAGAUAUCCUCUAGUAGAUCAUCAUGAUAGUCCAUUAUCUCAUAUGAUAUCUAUGAUACCUAUGGUAAUUAUAAUUUAUAAUAAAUAUUAGUUUUGUUUUCCAUAAGGCAUUUAUAUAGAAAAAAGUGAAAUAGAUCCUAUUUCUAAAGGUUAAUAAAUCUUUAACUUUGUAUUAACAUCAGAAACUGGAAAAAGAACUUAUUGUAUUUGUUUGAUUUUCCAUGAAAUCAUACCUAAAGAUAUUAUAGAGUAAUUAGGACAUAUAGAUAAACAAUAAUUAAUUUGUUAUCCAAAAUCAUUAUGUUUAUUGAGUUCAUAUAAUUAUCCUGAAUAAAUGAGAGAAUUAAUCAAAUAUAUUUACAGAUGUUCACUUUCUAAAAACAAUAUUCCAAUUGAGAGUACAAUAUGUAAUAUCAUAAAUAAAAUAAAAUUUCCUUAACAGAUUUUUGAAUAAGAAAAUAUAUGCUUAAAAUAUGUAUUACCAUCUUAUGAUAUCUGUUUUUAUACUAAUUACAAAUAUCCUGUUGGAUACAAUGAGGCUUUGGAAUGUCUAUUUAGAUUAUUGGAUAUUAAUAGAAUCAUAAAUAUAUACUGUGCAAUUUUAUUGGAAAAAAAGAUUCAUUUUAUAUCAAAUCAUUUAUCAGUUCCUGGAUUAGUAAUAGAUGCAUUUUUAUAAUUGUUAUUUCCAUUUUAAUUUACAUCUAUUUUAAUACCAGUUUUACCUGAUAGUUUGAGAGGAUAUAUUGAAGCUCCUGUACCUUUCUUAAUUGGAUAUAGUUAAAAAAAUAUAAUUGAAUAAAAUCAGCAUACAUAAGUUGAUAGUUUGUAUGUAUAUUUGGAUACUAAUUUUAUUGUAAAUUGUGAAAAUUUAACUCCAAUACCUGAAAAAGCUUUAAAGAAAUUAAAAUCUAGUUUAAAGUCUUUUAAUAAUUUAUUUAAUGAUGAUUAUUCAAAAUAAUAUUUAAAAAGAGUAGAUUAAGCUUAUCAUAUUUAUAUGGAUGAUGACAAUUAUGAUCCUGAAUUCAAUAAAAAUAUAGAUUGGUAUUAAAUAAGAAAUGCAUUUUUAGAAUGUAAUAGUAUUCUAAUGAAGCAAUAUAAAAAAUACAUUAUUGCUAAUUCAAAUAAUGAAGGUGAUUUUACUGAGAUUUUUAAUGUUCAAGGUUAUUAUGAUCAUUGGAAAAAAGAUAAAUUUAUAUAAUAAUUUAUGGAAACAAGAAUAUUUCAAUAUUUUAUUUAAGAACGUACAAAAUUCAGUGAAAAUGAAUCAUAAUACUAAUUUUUUGAUAAAUAUAUGGAUAGUAAGGAUUAUAAAUUGAAAUUCAUGCUCCCUAAAUAAAUUAUUGAAAUUUAAGUACCUGAUGAAGAUUAAUUAACAGAUUCACUUUAUAAAUAUGAUAAAUUUCCAUAAUUGAAUCAUGAUCUUAUGAAAGAUGAUUAAACAGAUGAUUAAGAAAUUAAUUAAGAAAUUUUAUAAGAAGAAAUUCCUUAAUUAGAUUAAUAGAAAUGGCCAAAGUAUAUGCUUGAAACAAUGUACAAGAUAUGGUUUUUAAUUUUUAUUGUUAAUGUAAGAAAUAAUUAAGAUAACAAAAUAUUUCAAUAGAUGACUGAAGUAGCAAUUUUAGUAUUAGAAUAUAUGAGAGAGAAACAUUUAAAUUUAACUGAAAAAUUAUUUAGAUAUGUUUUAGAAUCAUGUGGAUAUUUUUAAAUGGAUUCAAAAGCCUUAUAUUUAGUUAAGUUAAUGAAAGAAAUUAAAUUAGAAGCAUCACCAGCUACUCAUGGUGUUUAUUUCUAAGCUGUAGCCUAAGCUAUGAAUUAAAAAGGAUUACCAAGUGAUCAAUAAUAAAUUUCAGGAGUACUCUAAGAAGAAGUAAUCUUAUUAUAAAGAAAUGAUGGACAAAAUUCUUAUACUAAUUCUGUAUAUUCUCUACAUUCUAAUUGUCCAAUUUGCAAAAGGAAAUUGCAUUUUGAAGAGAUAUUAGAUUCAUAUAGAAAGAGUCAAUAUGAAAAUACUAUUGAGUGUUUAAAAAUAAAUUAGGGUUGUGGAUAAUCAUUUAUUCCAAAAAUAUAAAUUACAUUCUAUUAAGAAGAAAAUCCAAUUGAGGCUGAAUUAUAUGAUAUAUAUAAUCCAAUAUAGAUACUCAAGAAUCUAGAGAAUAUUGUUAAUAUUAAAGGAGAUACUUUCUUGUUGAGUGACUAAUUUGAAAAAUAAUACAAGAAUUUAUAUGUUAACAUAAUAUUUUAUAUCAGAUUAGUGAAAUUGCCAUAUUACCAUUUGGUAAAAAUAUAAGAUACAAAUGAACUUUAAAAUCAAGUUGAUUAAACUAUCAAGAAAUUACAAAUGAAGAAAUCAUCAACCAUAUUCUAAAGAGUAGCAUAAGAAUUUGAUUCAUACAGAGGAAAAGUAUCUUAAUAAGGAGAUUCAUCAGGAAACUCAAGUUCUAAAUUUAAGUAAGAUGAUUAUUCUACAGCAUAAAAUUAUGGAAGUAAAUAUAUGAAGAAAUUGUUCUCAUCACUUAUUAAUGAUUAAUUUUCACUUCAGAAUAAACGAUAAAGUUCAAGCAAUUUCUAAUCAUUGUAAUAGUUUGAUGAAACCAAAGCAGAAAGCCCAAAAUGA